GCCUCUCGGCCCAGCUCCUUCCUGCGGCUCUGCGGUGCGGCCCUCAGGGUGAGCCGGGCGGGGUUCCGGGGGUCCGCGAUCAGCCCCGGAGACGGGGUGGGGUCGCCCCAAACAGGAGCGCCCGGACCGCUGGGACCCCGCACUCGGCGUCCGCCGCCGCCGGGUGGCCGGGCAGUGGAGGUACCGGAUGAGGCGACAAUUUUUCCGGCCCCCUCCCAGUCCCGCCCCACUUCCGGGGCCGCCACUUUCACUUUCUCUUCCGCCGAAGCCGCUCCCCUUGCUUAGAGCUGGGGCCUCCCGGGAGGAGAGAGGGCUUUGCGUUGAAACCCGGGACGCCAGGGGCGCUCCCGCAAGUGGGGGUCCUCCGGGACCUGGAACGCCCCGGCUGGGCGGUGUCCGGGCGUCCUUUCCCCGCUUCUCCCCACCUCGGCUAGUCCCGUUUCCUCUUGCGCCCAGUGCGGACUUGUCUCGGCGCUCUCUGCCCUCUCACCGCCCCACGCAGGAUCCCGGCCUAGUCACCGGGCAGUGUGAUGCUUCCCGACUGCCGCGGGGACAGCGAGGCACAGACAGGGCUUGGGCCGCGCCGGAGGCCACACGGCCUGGCUGAGUUGCUCCUGGUCUGCCGCCUCUCCCAGGCGACCCGGAGGUAGCAUUUCCCAGGAGGCACGGCCCCCCCCUAGGGGGAUGGGCGCAGCCACGCCAGAUGGACGAGAAGACCAAGAAAGCAGAGGAAAUGGCCCUGAGCCUCACCCGAGCAGUGGCGGGCGGGGAUGAACAGGUGGCAAGGAAGUGUGCCAUCUGGCUGGCAGAGCAACGGGUGCCCCUGAGUGUGCAACUGAAGCCUGAGGUCUCCUCAACGCAGGACAUCAGAUUCCUCAUGGUACAAAAUGGCCAUUCCAGCUCCAUCCAGCCAUCACAUCACAGGAGGAAGGGAAGAAAGACACCCCUCUACACUCCUCUAAAGAGCAUAGCUCAAAAGUUGUACACACUUCUUCCAUUAAUUCCUGUGGACCAGAACUGAUUCCCACAGCUACAGUUGAGCUUGAGGGGAGACUGUAUAGCCAAGAUAUUCAGCUAGAAUUCAGGGGUUCCGUUGGUAAGGGAAGGGAAGAGAAUUGAUACUGUCAGUCUGUGCUCCAGGAGACUUAAACUCAAUGCUGAAACACUUUGCACAAUGCCUGGCGUGUGUUAUGCACUCAAUAAACAUUAGUGUCUAUGGUUCUUUUUUGAGUGCUUUUUCAUUACUGGAUAGUAAGGCAACAGUUUUAUGGUUUCUGAUUUUCGGUUCUCUUGGUGGGUCCCAUUUGGUUUUUCUUAAAACAGUUUUAUUCAUUUAUUUAUCGUUACAGUUCAACCAUUUAAAGUAUACAGUUCAAUGGCUUUUAGCAUAUUCAAGGUUGUGCAACCAUUGCCACAAUCAAUUUUAGAACAUUUUCAUCAUCCUGUAAAGAAACCUGGUACUCAGCAGCCAGUCCCCAUCUCUCUACCUUUUUCCUAACUCCCCAACCUUAGGCAACCACUAAUCUACUUUUUAUCUCUAGGGAUUUACCUUCUGGAAAUUUCAUAUAAGUUGAAUCAUGCAACAUGUGGCCUUUUGUGUCUGGCGUCUUUCACUUAGGAUCAUGUUUUCUAGAUUCAUCCAUGUUGUAGCAUGUCUAACAACUUCAUUCCCCCCUUUUUUUUUUGACAUGGCGUCUCUUGUCCAGGUUGAAGUGCAGUGGUGCCAUCAUCGCUCACUACAGCCUCAACUUCCGGGAUUCAAGCAGUCCUCCUGCCUUGGCCUCCCAGGUACCUGGGACUACUGGCAUGUACCACCACACCCGGCUAAUUUUUUUUUUUUUCUUUGAGACAGAGUCUCACUCUGUCCUCCAGGCUGGAGUGCAGUGGUGCGAUCUCGGCUUACUGAAAGCUCCGCCUCCCAGGUUCACGCCAUUCUCCUGCCUCAGCCUCCCGAGUAGCUGGGACUACAGGCGCCCACCACCACGCCCGGCUAAUUUUUUGUAUUUUUAGUAGAGAUGGGGUUUCACUGUGUUAGCCAGGAUGGUCUCCAUCUCCUGACCUCGUGAUCUGCCCACCUCUGCCUCCCAAUGUGCUGGGAUUAACAGGCGUGAGCCACCGCGCCCAGCCACACCUAGCUAAUUUUUUAAAAGGUCUUGCUUUGUUGCCUGGGCUGGUCUUGAACUUAUGGCUUAAGCAGUCUUCCCACCUCAGCCUCUCAAAGUGCUGAGAUUACAGGUGUGAGCCACCAUGCCCAACCAGAACUUUAUUCCUUUUUAUUGCCAAAUAAUAAUCUAUUGUAUGGACAUACCUCAUUAUCUUUACUCAUUAAAUCAGUUGAUGGACAUUUGGGUGUUUCUAUUUUUUGGCUAUUAUGAACAAUGCUGCCGUGAACAUUUGUGUCCAACUUUUUGUGUGGACAUGUUUUCAUUUCUCUUGGGUACACACUAGCAGUGGAAUUGCUGGGUCAUACGGUAACUCUAUGUUUAAGCUUUUGAAGAAAUGCCAGACAGUUUUCCAAAGUGGCUGCACCAUUUUACAUUCCCACCAGCAUGUAUGAGGGUUCUAGUUUCUCCACAUCCUCUCUAACACUUGUUGUUGUUUGUCUUUUUGAUUAUAGCCAUCCUAGUAAGUUUGAAGAGGUAUCUCAUUGUGGUUUUGAUUUGCGAUUUCCUAACCAUUUGAUGACAAAUGAUGUUAAGCAUGUUUUCAUGCGCUUUUUUGCCAUUUGCAUAUUUUCUUUGGAGGUUUGCCUAUUCAGAUCUUUUGCCCAUUUUGAAAUUGGGUUUAUCUUUUUUUUUUUUUUUUUUUGAGAUAGAGUCUCGCUCUGUCACCCAAGCAGGAGUGCAAUGGUGCAGUCUUGGCUCACUGCAACCUCUGCCUCCCAGGUUCAAGUGAUUCUCCUGCCCCAGCCUCCUGAGUAGCUGGAUUACAGGUGCCCACCACUACACUGGCUAAUUUUAGUAUUUUUAGUAGAGACGGGUCUUACCAUGUUGGCGAGGCUAGUCUUGAACUCCUGACCUCAGGUGAUCCACCCACCUUGGCCUCCCAAAGUGCUGGGAUUACAGGCAUGAGCCACUGCACCCAGCUGGGUUUAUCUUUUUAUUACUGAGUUGUAGGAGUACUUUAUUCAUUUUAGAUAGAAGUGCUUUAUCGGCCGGGCGCGGUGGCUCAAGCCUGUAAUCCCAGCACUUUGGGAGGCCGAGGCGGGCGGAUCACGAGGUCAGGAGAUCGAGACCAUCCUGGCUAACACGGUGAAACCCUGUCUCUACUAAAAAUACAAAAAAUUAGCCGGGCGUGUUGGCGGGCGCCUGUAGUCCCAGCUCCUCGGGAGGCUGAGGCAGGAGAAUGGCCUGAACCCGGGAGGCGGAGCUUGCAGUGAGCCGAGAUCGCGCCACUGCACUCCAGCCUGGGUGACACAGCAAGACUCCGUCUCAAAAAAAAAAAAAAAAAAAAAAAAAGAAGUGCUUUAUCAGCUACAUGAUUUGCAAAAAUUUUCUCUCAUUCUGUGGAUUGUCUUCUCACUUUGUUGAUGGUAUCCUUUGAAGCACAAAAGUUUUAAAUUUUGAUGAUGUCCAGUUAGUCUAUGUUUUAUUUUGUUGUUUGUCCUUUUGGUGUCAUAUCUAAGAAAUCAUUGCCUCAUCCAAGGUCAUGAAGAUUUACUUCUAUAUUUUCUCCUAAAGAUUUUAUGGUUUUAGCUCUUACAUUUAGGUCUUUGGUCCAUUUUGAUUUAAUUUUUAUAUAAGAUGUGAGGUAAGGGUCCAACUUCAUUCUUUUGCAUGUGGAUAUUGAGUUGUGCCGGCACUAUUUGUUAAAAAGGCUGUUUUCCUCUGUUUAAUCAUCUUAACCCUUUUUGGAAAUUAAUUGACCAUAAAUAUGAGCGCUUAUUUCUGGACUCUCAUUUCUAUACCAUUGAACUAUAAUAUAUAUCUGCCCUUACGCCAGUACCACACUGAUUACUAUAGCUUCAUAGUAUUUGAAAUCAGGAAAUACAAGUUCUCCAACUUUUGUUCUUUUUCAAUAUUGUUUUGGUUAUUGCAAGUCUCUUGAAUUUCCAUAUACAUUUUACGAUCAGCUUGUCUGUUUCUGCAAACAACGACAACAACUGGGAUUUUGGUAGGGAUUUCAUUGAAUCUGUAGAUCAUUGGCCACUUGAUUUUAAACAAAAUAUUGAGAUAUCUACUUCUUGAAAUGAUUGCUUGAGACAGUACCUGUGUAUUCCUUGCUAUGAAAAAUGAGGAAGUUAAUAUACUCAUCUUCCACCUUUCCUUUUCCUGACUUUUUUUGUUGAAGUAUCAUUGUGGAUACUUUCCCAGUUGACUUCCACUUGAUCCCCUGAAUUAACUAACUGGCACUGGCGUUUCCUUUGUAAAAUGUACAAUGUCAGCCACCAUCUUGCUACUAAAGUGUGGCCUGUGGACCACACACAACAUGGGGGGAAUCUCAGGUCCCACCUCAGACUUGCUGGAUCAGAACCUGAGUUUUGGGAGGCUCUGGGCAACUGGCAUCUCUCAGACCUGCUGUUGGGUUCUCAUCGAUGGACCUGAUGCUUCCUAGCAAAUGAUACCUGUUGUAUGUGUUAUUGGUAAUAACAUAGUUUACUUAGCUAUUACAUUAAUUAAUAAAACAUGAGCACUGAAAGAGUUGUUUCUGUGAAAAUAAGCUGAUUACUUUAAAAAGACAGGAGACAAAUCACCAAAAAAAAAAAAAAAAAAAAAAAAAGAUUAACACUUUUGGGUGAGACAGUAGUAAGGAAAUACAGUAAAAAUCCAGAAGGGCUCUGUGCUCUGAUGCUUCAGGAGUGUGUCUAAGUUCUUGCUCACUUUAAAGAAGCUGCUACUAGAAAUUAUAGAUCAUGAUUAUGGAUGUGGUUCAUACAAAAAAAAAAAAGAAAAAUCCAUGAGAAACUCCAGUUAGCAGGUAUAAACUCACGCUGGGCAUGGUGGUUCAGCACUUUGGGAGGCUCAGGCAGGAGAAUGGCUUGAACUCGAGUUUAAGACCAGCCUGGGCAACAUAGUGAGACCUUGUCUCUGCAAGAAAUAAAAAAAUUAGCCAGGCUGGGUGGCACACACCUGUAGUCCCAGCUACUUGAUAGGCUGAGACCAGAGGAUUCUUAGACCCCAGGUAGUUGAGGUUGCAGUGAGCCAUGAUCAUGCCUGAGUGACAAGGUGAAACCCUGUCUCAAAGAGAGAGAGAAAAGCCAUUGGCUGUACAUCUAGAGACUGGCCAGUGAAUAUGCAUUUACAGUAUGUAAGUUAACAUUAAGUGUUUAAGCUUUGUCUGCAGCUGUUUUUGUGAUUCUCUGCUGUUCACCAGCGAUCCUGAUGUGACAUUGGAUGAAAGAGCUCCAGCUGUAUUUUUUUGUUGAUAGUGUUAAGAUUAUAGCUUUAGCCGGGCGCGGUGGCUCACGCCUAUAAUCCUAGCACUUUGGGAGGCUGAGGCGGGUGGAUCACGAGGUCAGGAGAUCGAGACCAUACUGGCUAACACAGUGAAACCCCGUCUCUACUAAAAAUACAAAAAAAAUUAGCUGGGCCUGGUGGCGGGCGCCUGUAAUCCCAGCUACUCAGGAGGCUGAGGCAGGAGAAUGGUGUGAACCCGGCAGGCGGAGCUUGCAGUGAGCCUAGAUCGCUCCACUGCACUCCAGCCUGGACGACAGAGCGAGACUCCGU